UGUGUUAGAAAAACGAACGCAGUGCAAAAUUAUAAUUGUUCAGAAUUUCGUGUUGUAAAAGAGUUCUAUAAUUUGUACAAUUGAAAUUUUUUUUGAGUAACUUUUGCAAAUCAAGUCGAAUAUUUUGGAAAGUAUAAUAAUUAAGUUAUUAAGUCCAUUUUCAUCAACGUUAAUUUGUUAGCGAAAUUCUAAACAUGGCGUCGAAUGAUAAAUCCGUCGACGACUCACUCUACCCGAUAGCUGUUCUUAUUGAUGAACUGAAAAAUGAAGAUGUACAGCUACGCUUGAAUUCGAUUAAGAAGCUAUCGACUAUUGCUUUAGCCUUAGGGGAAGAACGUACCCGAUCGGAAUUAAUUCCAUUUUUGACUGAAACGAUCUAUGACGAAGACGAGGUGCUGCUUGCCUUAGCCGAUCAGUUGGGGAAUUUUACAAGUUUGGUAGGUGGACCCGAUUAUGCCAUGUAUUUGAUUCCACCAUUGGAGAGCUUAGCAACCGUUGAGGAGACAGUGGUGCGUGAUAAAGCAGUAGAGUCAUUGCGUACAGUCGCAGCUGAGCAUAGCGCCCAGGAUCUUGAAAUUCAUGUGGUGCCAACUUUGCAACGUCUCGUAUCGGGUGAUUGGUUCACUUCACGAACUUCGGCAUGUGGACUCUUUUCCGUGUGUUAUCCAAGAGUCUCGCAACCAGUAAAAGCAGAGCUUCGUGCAAAUUUUCGUAAAUUAUGUCAAGAUGAGACUCCAAUGGUGCGUCGUGCCGCAGCUAGUAAACUCGGCGAAUUCGCCAAAGUAGUAGAAAUCGAAUAUCUGAAAUCUGAUUUAAUACCUAAUUUUGUUCAAUUAGCACAAGAUGAUCAGGACUCUGUUCGACUUUUAGCUGUUGAAGCUUGUGUCAGUAUUGCUCAAUUGCUGCCCCAGGAAGACGUAGAACACUUGGUUUUGCCGACUUUACGUCAAUGUGCCAGUGAUUCAUCCUGGCGGGUGCGCUACAUGGUCGCCGAAAAAUUUGUGGAUCUUCAGAAAGCUGUAGGACCCGAGAUAACCCGAGUCGACUUGGUUCCUGCCUUUCAAUAUUUACUGAAAGAUGCCGAGGCUGAGGUACGAGCAGCUGUAGCCACUAAAGUAAAAGAUUUCUGCGCUAAUCUUGAUAAAGGCAAUCAAGUGCAAAUUAUAAUGACAUCAAUUUUGCCGUACGUCCGUGAUUUGGUUUCCGACCCUAAUCCUCACGUCAAAUCGGCCUUAGCGUCCGUCAUCAUGGGCUUGAGUCCAAUGUUGGGCGCUUACAACACAGUCGAACACUUAUUGCCUCUGUUUUUGAUUCAACUUAAAGACGAGUGUCCCGAAGUUCGCUUAAACAUCAUUUCGAACCUAGAUUGCGUUAAUGACGUUAUCGGUAUUCAGCAGUUGUCACAAUCUCUUCUACCAGCUAUUGUGGAGCUUGCUGAGGAUUCUAAAUGGAGAGUGCGUUUAGCAAUAAUCGAAUACAUGCCUGCUUUGGCUGGACAACUUGGGCAAGAAUUUUUCGAUCAAAAAUUGCGCGGCCUUUGCAUGGGUUGGCUUAACGACCAUGUUUAUGCUAUACGUGAGGCUGCAACAUUAAAUAUGAAAAAACUUGUUGAACAGUUUGGUUCCCAGUGGGCUGAACAGGCCAUUAUCCCAAUGAUUUUGGUUAUGUCUCGCAACAAGAAUUAUUUACACAGAAUGACUUGUCUGUUCUGCUUAAAUAUGCUGGCUGAAGUGUGUGGCACCGAUAUAACCACUAAGCUACUUUUGCCUACGGUCUUGUUGCUGGCUUCCGAUCCAGUUGCCAAUGUUCGUUUCAACGUAGCGAAAAGUUUGCAAAAAAUGUCACCUUAUCUUGAAAGCAGUGUUAUUGAUACUCAAGUUAAACCCACUUUGGAAAAACUUAAUAGCGAUGUAGACGUCGAUGUAAAACAUUUUGCCUCGGAAGCCAUGGCAGGAAUAGCAGCAGCGUAAAUUAUAUCUAAAUGCAGUUAAUAAUAAUAAAUAGAGGCACAAACUAGGCUUCACCAUUUUCGUCUAAAAAGAGGAGAAUCUUAAUUACGUAUAAACCAAUCAUAAUUGUAGCAAUGAAUGAAGUGAUGAAUCUAUGUGGAGAUCACAACAAUUUAAAUGAUACUGAAUAAAAUUGUAAUGUUCUUUAAAGAUCCUUGAAUUAAUUUCUUGUAUACCAUGCAUUUGCACUCUCUUCCUGUCGAAAAAUUAUAAAAUGAAGAUAUUCUAUUUUAUUUAAUUUAAAAUUAAAAAACAAAAAAGUUCUUAUAUAUACUUUUGUAAAAUUUUUUUUUUUUAAUCUCUUAUAAUAACGAUGAGUUUCCAUUCAAUGUAUAAAAAAAUUGCCCCCAUAAAAAAUAGCAAUUAAUCUUUAUGCAGAGUCUUUUAUUAAGGAAACUAACUCCCUUAAGGAUCGCGGGGCAUGUGGUGCUAAAGGAUUCCAAUACUUCAUGGUGCGCAGGAAUAAGGGCUGCAGCCUCUCCUAGCCGGGCUUAACCACAUUCGCCAAUUUGUUAAGAAUGCUGGUUGUCUAAUAACGUCAAGCUUUUGCUUGACUGAGUUCGCAAAACGAGAAGCCCGAAGCAUUUACUGUUAUAUCUUUGGAAUCAGAUGGCAUUAUUGAAUAUGAAUUGCCAAAUAGUAUAAUUGUACCAGCAUCUACUAAAAUUUAUCAAAAAAAAAAAAUCUUUAGCAGAAAGUCUGUCUGCUGCCACUGCUGAUAAUGAUAAAUUAACAAGGUUUGCUGAACGAGAUGA